UGCUACGGCUUUGUUGGAUUUUUUUUAUUCGAAUUUUUCAUUCACGAUUUUCAAAAAAAGUUCUGCUUCAUACCAGAGUAAUUAUUUAAAAAAAUGACCGCGCACUUGGCAAAUGUUUAUGCGUCCUUGUUACGAAGAUAUGGUGAAUCUUAUACACUCAUUUAUACGGAGCCUCCAUCCUAUUUAUCCAAGAUUGUUGGUCCGGAUGAUUAUGCUGGUAAAGUGGUGUAUUUUUAUAUCGAGGAUCGUAGCAAAAUGGCUAAUGCCUACGCAUCCCAAUCCAAUAUUCUCUUGAAAAACAACGAAGGCGUUAGUAAGGCUGAUAUGGACCUCACAGGCAGUCCACUUAAGGACGAUUGUGUAGUAGAAGCUAUCGAAGAUAUUUCACUAAACAUAAGGAUAGACUUAGCAAAUCCAUGGCUCAAGCAAGAAGAAUGCCACAAAGGAAUUAACGUAGAGAAAGCACGUGCUAUCAUUUGUAAAGAGGAAUUUCAGAGUGUUGAUCCCGAAGCAACGGGCUCCAUUUGGAUACUCUGCAACGGAGCAGAUGCCGAGAAAACAUUAAUGUUGCAAUAUGACUUCUCACCAGGAUGCUUUAAUCGGGGUAUAGUCACCUGCCAAGGUAUAAUACCCACAUUCGAAGUAAAUACACAAUCGUUAAUGCGUCAGCAUUUGGCCCUCAUUACCGGAAGUACGACGGCACAAGUAGAAACCUAUAUAGAGAACACCUAUCAAAUUAAACCUCACAUAUCUGUACGCUGCAGUUGGUCUUCGACAGCAGCAUCACCUUCUUUGGUGGAUUUGACAUCAUGUGACGUUACUUUGCGUCAGUCCUUUUGUUUAAGCUCCUGCAAUGAAUUAACUGAAGAUUUUAUGAAUCAGUUGCGCAUAUUGACAGUAAUAAGAAAUGAUAUUAUCGCAUACAAGUGCGUAGACAAUGGUGACGCUGAUGGUCGUAAUGAAGCGCUGGUGUAUCGUUGUGGCUAUGGCAUCGACGUGGACGAAUUACGUGAAAAUAUCAGCAAAGCAGUUACGGAAAUUGCAGGUUUUGGUGUAAUUGACACCACAGAAAGUGGGGUAGAGUGCGAUAUUGAAGCAGUUGUGCAGCGUGUAAAGAUCAGGCGUCUUACUGAUCUCACCGACAAGUUAUGGGAGAUCUUGAAACGUUGUUCUUCAUAUAAAGACUUAAAAAUGGCAUUUACGAUGUUAUUUAAGUGUGCGGCCCACUGCAAUAUUGUGGUAAGUGUUUUUUAGAGGUCAAUAUCUUAACACAGUAAGCCUUAAGCUUAAAAAGUGAGUCUUAUUGGGAAUUUACAUGAGGCGAUUUUACAGACAACUUUUAGCUGAAUGCAGCAGUUGCUUGGUGUAAAUGAUCUUUCACAUCAUCGCUUUCAAUGAAGUUGAAAAUAACCGGAUUCUAAAAUUUGAUAUAGUUAAUUUUGAUCACAAAAAAUCUCCAAAAGAAUAGCAGGCGCCCCUAACAGCACGCUACAUUUAAUUACAUGCCCCCUAUCGCGAGAUUUGGCUGAUUAUACAUUGCACGUGUUACUCUUCCAUGUUAUAUACCUUAAGGCCGCACUGCUUUUCAUUUAGAAAACUUUAGCGACAAAAAUUUGGCUUAGCGAUUGUCACAAUUCCACUGCAGCUGGCCACUUUCGUUCAACUUUGGAUUCAACUAAUUGCCUAUGACAGUUGAAUCAUGUGAAUUCCCUGUUAGCUCCGACUUUAUUUUCAACUCACUUUAUCAGUCCAAAAAUUGAGUCUGAGCUUAACCUCUCUUUUUGUUUGUAUGGUGCCCAUUAUUUACACCUAAAAUGUUAAGUCUUAACAUGUCUCGCCCCUGAAUAAAUAACAAUUGAUCCUUUUGAUUAAGGUUUAUUGAACAGAAAACUAUAAUCACUUGAGUGUAUGUAAACUUAUGGAUUGCGUGUUUACUUUUGCUUUUCUCCUC